AUGAGUCAGCAGAUAAGUCGCCUAAAAGCAGACUUUGCCAAUCAUGUGUUGCUAGGAGUCGGUGUGUUCCGGGUGAAAUGUAGUGCAGAAUUAGUUGACAGACUGAAAGAAGCCGAGCCCUGUGCUCUAAAUUGCGCUUUCCAGGACCGUUUUGAGGCCUUCCAAAGUGGAGCGCAACUAAUUGUCUGCCACUUGCCUUGCAGAGACGAGUCGUUGAACACGUCCAAGUACGGCAGCACAACGGCCACAUCGUCGCCGCCCGAGAGCACGGCCGGCAUGUCCGACAGCGACCAAGCGCCGCUCUGCCACUCGACCGGCUGGAAGGCGCGUCACAUGUUCAGGGGCCUGUUGCCCUCGCCACAGCGUCACCUCGAGACCAUCAAACUGACCGAGACGGUGCCUCUUCAGCGCAUCUGCAAGAGGCCUUCAUCGUCGCCGGAGCACACGCCAGCCAAAGUCCCGACUGCGCGUGAAUAA